UCUUUGAGAAGUGUUUUCAAAAUCUUAUCAAAGCAAUUAAAGGAAACUUGCUUUGUGAAAAUAACAAUGUGAAGCACAAAAUAAGAAAUGAACCACAGGGCGGAAGGUCUUCUGAUACGUCAUCUUGAUGAAUCAUCGGCGUCACUUCCCCAUUACUUAAGUGAUUCUUAAAUGUCCUUUUUGAAAUGAUUAUGUUCAUAUUUCAAGCCUUCUUGGGCACUCCUACAAUGAAUGAAUAUCUAAACGCAAUAGCAGAUUUUAUUUUUCAACGAGCUAGAAAAAACCUCAAUAAAGUUCACUAACUAACAAUAAUGAUACUUUAAACGUAACGUUGGAAGAAAAACUAUAAUUUGCUAAUUGUAGUAAAGCAUUUUUUCUUCAUGAACAAAAUGAGUGUAAAAAGUGAGUUUCAACUGAAUGGCAACACACAAUCACUGAGUAUGACAAGUUAAAUACAAAAUAAACUGUCAAGACAGAUUUUUUUCUUAAAAACAAAACAAAAUGAGUUUCCGUUUGAAG